AUGGAUCCUUCAAGCUCAGAUUCUGCGCUGAAUCCAGGCGAUGUGGAUUAUGAAUUUGAAUCUAACGAAGUUUCUGAGUCUGUGUAUUCACAGUUUAUGGCUCUAAAGCCUCUCUCUGUUGUUGAUGACGAGCUUGUUCCGAAGGUCGGAAUGACCUUUAGGACCCUUGAAGAUGCCGGAAAAUUUUACAGGAACUACGCCAAGGCUGCAGGUUUCUCUACAAGAGUUCGGUGCACAAAUAGGAAGGGAAACGAGAUUAAGAAUCAACUGAUUACAUGUAGCAGAGAGGGAAAAUGGAAAUCUAAAAUAUCUCCAACCGAGAAGACCAAUCCGACAGCCGGUUUAAACUGUCCUGCAAGAAUUUAUAUACACACAUUGAAGGAUGUCGGUGCUUGGAUCAUUUCAAAGGUUGUGCUGGAUCAUUCACACCCCUGCUGUCCAAGCAAAGCAGAGAUGCUCAAACAGCACAGGGAACUAAGCAUGUCCAUUCGUCGUACGAUAGAGAAUAACGACGAGGCCGGUAUCAGACCAAGCAAAACCUACCAAUCAUUUGUUGCGGCUGCCGGGGGUCACCGCGAGUUAAAUUUCAUCGAAAAGGACGUGAGGAAUUACAUUACCAGGGAAGUGCGGAAUGUUUCCGAACAAGAAGAUGCAAAGGAAUUCGGGAAAUAUUUGUUAAGGAUGAAAGAGAAGAAUCCGAAUUUCUUUUUCGAGCUCCAACUCGAGGAGGAUCAAUCGAUUAAGCUGGCCUUUUGGGCCGACGCAAGAAGCAGAGCGGCCUGUGAGUAUUUCGGAGACGUCAUUUCAUUCGACACCACCUACAAUACAAACAGGUAUAAUUUGGUCUGUGGUUCUUUUGUCGGGGUGAAUCACCACGGCCAGUCAACACUUCUCGGAUGCUCUUUGAUGAAGAACGAAGAAAUUGAAUCAUUCAAAUGGUUAUUUCAAUGCUGGCUUCGUUGCAUGGGAGGAAACGCUCCGAAAGGGUUUCUCACCGAUCAGUGCGCAUCAAUGAAAAGGGCUUUAGAGGCCUGUAUGCCAACAACAGUUCACCGCUGGUGUAUUUGGCACAUCAUGAAGAAGAUUCCAAGCAAAUUAAACGGGUACAAGGCACACGCCGAUGUCGAACAACAAUGA